CAGCUGCUGUCAGUCAGCUGUACGGUGGAGAUGGGCUUCUCGAGGGCACCCCGGACGGGGCGUGUGGGAGGGCACGGGAUGAUAGCAUUGUUGCUGGCCGCUCUGCUUCUGCCAGGGACCUUGGCUAAGAGCAUCGGGACUUUCUCAGACCCCUGCAAGGACCACACCCGUAUCACCUCCCCCAAUGACCCCUGUCUCACUGGGAAGGAUGGUUCCAGUAGCCACAGAGGCUCCAGGAGCUCCAGCAGUUCCAUUUCCAGUUCCAGUGGUGGCCUCAGUGGUGGCUCCAGUGGUGGUGCCAGUGGUGGUUCCAGUGGUGGCCCCAGUGGUGGCUCCAGUGGUUCCAGUGUCUCCAGUAGUGGGUCCAGCGGAUACAGUGUCUCCCAGGGUGGUUCUUCAGGAUCUUCAGCAUUUAAGCCAGGAACAGAGCAUUCCCAGCCUGGCUACGUCUUCACAUCUGGCUCUGCUCUACAAGGUUCAUCCAGUUCCUCCCAGUCAGGAAGCAUCAGCUCCCAAUCAGGGUCUGCCUCAGCUCUACCCACCGGCAAUGGUUCUUUCCGAGACAUACCAAGCCCUUCUCUGACUGGAGGAGGGUCAAGCUUUCCUGGUUCCCAGAACUCUGGGGUGUCCCCCAGUGGUGGCCAAAGUGUCAGCUCUAACCUGCACCCCUGUAGUUCUGAUGUCCCUGACUCUCCCUGCAGUGGGGGCCCUGUUAUCUCACAUUUCGGCCCCUACAUCUCCAGCUCCCACACCGUGUCAGGGGGUCAGAAGCCUGUGGUAGUGGUGGUGGAGCAGCAUGGCUCUGGUGGCCCCAGCACAGUUCAAGGUGCUCCCUGUAGCAAUGGUGGUCUUCCUGGCAAGCCCUGUCCCCCUAUCACCUCUGUGGUAGACAAGUUCAACGGUGGUUAUGAGGUAGUAGGUGGGUCCUCUAACAAUUAUUUGGUCCCAGGCAUGACCUACAGUGGGGGUAAGAUCUACCCUGUAGGCUACUUCACCAAGGAGAAUCCUGUCAAAGGCUCCCCAGGAGUCCCCUCCUUUGCAGCUGGGCCCCCCAUCUCUGAGGGCAAAUACUUCUCCAGCAACCCAAUAAUCCCCAGCCACAGCUCUUCUAGUUCCAACAUCCACCAGUCUGGAACUUCCUCGGUUGUUGUGUUCCAGCCUGUGGGCUCUGGUGGGGUCCAGCCUUGUCGGACUGGCUCCACAGGCUCCAAGGGGCCCUGCUCCCUCUCCGGUUCUGGAGUCCACAGCAGUUCCAGCAGCUCCAGUUCAUCCUUCCAUCCCUGUGGCAGUGUUUCCCAGGGGCCCUGCUCCCCACCAAGCACUGGCCCCUUCAUUGGCAGCUCCAGCUCCCAAUCCAGUGGCAAAACCAUCCUUCAGCCCUGUGGCAGCAAGUCCAGCUCUUCUGGUCAACCUUGCAUUUCUGUCUCCACCUUGGCAUUGAGUGGGGGUCCUGAAGGCUCCCCCAAACCUGAUCCCUCAACUGGUGCCAAGCCCUGUGGCUCCAGCACCUCUGGAAAGAUCCCUUGCCGCUCCAUCCGGGACAUCCUGGCCCAUGUGAAACCUCUGGGGCCCCAGCUCACUGACCCUGAAGUUUUUCUCCCCCAGGGAGAGUUACCUGAGGGUUCAUAA